CAGAGGCCAGACACAAAAGGCCACAAACGGUCAGACUGAAUCUCUAUGACAUGUCCAGUAUAGAGAAAUCCAGAGAGAGAAAGCAGAUUAAUGGUUUUGCCAGAGGCUGAGGGGGCAGACUGGAUGCUCAGGGGUUUCUUUCAGAACUGAUGAAAAUGUUCUAGAAAAGACUGUGGAGAUAGCUGCAUGAUUCUGAAAAUACUAAAAACCCUUCAACUGUAUACUUUAAAUGUGUGAAUGAAAUGGUAUGUGAAUUAUAUCUCAAUAAAGCUAUUGCAAAUUCACACACAAGCAAAGAAGAGAAAGACAGGAAAACACCCUCCAUUCCACUCCCCAGAGCGAAGCCACUGUUAACAUCUCAGGCCAGGAUAUAAUUUUAGCUUCUUUUUUACUCACACAUACAUCUCACCAAUAUUGUAUUGGAGGAAACCUGAUAAGGAUUUCAAGCCAAAAAACAAAAACAAACAAACAAAAAAAAAAACUUUCAGCAAAAGCUAUGAAGCAAAUGCAUACAACUUGUUGGGAGCAUCAACCCUAUUCCUGUUCUUGGUCAAGGCUGUUCUCUAUUUGCUUUGCCCUGAUUUGUUACCCAGUUUAUUAUCUUCAGGGCCCUCAAUAGGCAGGCCAUCCUCCCAGCCCCAUUCUGUAGCCAAGGCAACUGAGCACAAGGCAUUUUCACACCCAUCCUGAUUCCUUCCCAGCGUGGGGACCCAAAGCCAUCCAUCACAGGUGAAAAGCUGGGGGCUGUGGAGGGCACCCACGCAGGCCUGGGCAGAAUGAAGGGGAAAGCAUCUGAUUUGGUCCAGAAACACCCAUCCAACUUGUAGGCAGAGGGUAAGACAAGACGACCGCAGGAGGACCCGGUAGGUCUCUUUGAGGGGUCCGUGCCACCGACCUGUGCUCUCCAGGGUCCAAAAGGCUGGUGGGGGGUGGCUGGCCUGUUUGCGCUGGAGGCACUUAGUGCAGCCACGCUGAGCCGCACUGUUCAAACAGACUCCCCGGCCUCCAGACACCUGUGCCGAGGAGGACGAGGAGGGCGAGGCAGGCAGGAGGCUGGGCACGGGUCCCCGGGCGCUUCCCCCCUCUCAGAGGCAGCCCCGCAGCCCUGGCAGAUUCCCGGCCACACCAUGCCCCAAGCCAGGCUCUGCAGCUGUUGGGGUGGCCGGGUGCUGCCCCUGCUGCUUGCCUAUAUCUGCUACCUGCUGCUCGGUGCCACUGUCUUCCAGCUGCUGGAGAAGCAGGCGGAGGCUCAGUCCAGGGACCAGUUCCAGUUUGAGAAGCUGCGCUUCCUGGAGAACUACACGUGCCUGGACCAGCGGGCCCUGGAGCAGUUUGUGCAGGUGAUCAUGGAAGCCUGGGUGAAGGGUGUGAACCCCAAAGGCAACUCCACCAACCCCAGCAACUGGGACUUCGGCAGCAGUUUCUUCUUUGCGGGCACGGUUGUCACCACCAUAGGAUAUGGCAACCUGGCGCCCAGCACGGAGGCAGGCCAGGUCUUCUGUGUCUUCUAUGCCCUGGUGGGCAUCCCGCUCAACGUGGUCUUCCUCAACCACCUGGGUGCAGGCCUGCACGCCCACCUGGCCGCCCUCGAGAGGUGGGAGGAGCAGCCCAGGCGCUCCCAGCUGCUGCAGAUCCUGGGCCUGGCUCUGUUCCUGACCCUGGGGACGCUGGUCAUUCUCAUCUUCCCACCAAUGGUCUUCAGCCACGUGGAGGGCUGGAGCUUCGGUGAAGGCUUCUACUUUGCCUUCAUCACUCUCAGCACCAUUGGCUUCGGGGACUAUGUUGUCGGUACAGACCCCAGCAAGCAUUACAUCUCAGUGUACCGGAGCCUGGCAGCCAUCUGGAUCCUCCUAGGCCUGGCCUGGCUGGCUCUGGUCCUCCCACUGGGUCCUCUGCUUCUGCACAGGUGCUCCCAGCUCUGGCUGCUCAGCAGGGGACUUGGCCUCAAGGAAGGGGGAGCCCCCGAGAUGGAAGGGGUCCCCAGACCUCAGAAGACCCCCAUCUCUGCAUGAGGCCUCCAGCAACCCCAGGAGCCCCUCCUGCUUCCCCUACCCCUAUAUGCCUUCUAGACUUCCUGUUCAAGAUCCUCCCCCUCCCCUUCCCAGCCAGGGCUGAUCUCAGGAUCUCUCCAGAGAGUAAAGGAGACAGGAAUGUUCAAGCAAGUAACUGAAAGGAGAUGCAGGACAGGAUGAGAGACGUGUGUGGAGUGAGAUGCACGCUGUUGUCCCAAAGCCCCUCCCCCAAACGUGACCUGGAAAAGUUGAAUCCAGACAUGGAUCACCGUAGCCAAAUCUCCAUCAUGCCCUCCCUGCAUUCCCCCCAACCCAGGAGACUUUAUGCAGUACAGUAAACAUAGGUUGACUUUAUUUUCACCUCAUUUGAUAUGUGCACCAGGGGCAUUUGUCAGGCCCCCACUGUGUGUCAGGCAGAGGGCCAGGCUCUGGGGACACACAGUGAAAGAUCCUGCUCUCCAUGUGCGUUUAGUCCACUAGAAGCACUAAAUAAGGAGAGAGGCCCCUACCCAGUGCCCAAAAUGCUACAAUGGGGCAGAGCAGGCCUGACCAGAGCCCAUAGGGGUGGCUGGUGGGGAGGGUCAAGGAGAGAGGAGGGCUGGGGAGGGACUUUUGGAGCAUCUUCGUGCAAACAGGACAUCUACCCUCAGGAAUCUGGCAGCUGCCUCUCAAAGCCUGCCAGUUCCCCUUGCCUAGAGGUCUAGAGCUGUCCGUGAACAAGGCUUAGGAGCUCUUGUGUAUCCCAUACCUUCCGGAGUGUGGCCUCCCCUGACUCCCCAGGGCACCCCUUGACCUCAUCACCCCCUCUGGGUGCCUGUCUUAAGAGCCUUUCCAAACACACCCAGAGACAAGCUCCGUGGAGGCCUGGCCUCCUUUAGGAACAUGCUCUGCAACCCCGGCCCUUCUCCUGCCAGACUGUGACGUCUCUGGCCAAAAGGAGAGGAGAGAUUUAGACCAGUCCAUCCACAGCCCAACUUCAUCAAGGACUUCAAAGCUCUGCCCCUACCUCUGCCAUCAAGGCAGGCCGGUAAGUGGCUGGGUGGCUCCGGACUCCCAGACUCCGGACUGAGGCAAGGCUGUGAAGCAGAGAAGGCUCCAGAUGGGACACAUAGGGAAGGAUCUACAGCAUCGAGAGACCCAGGUUACACCCAAGACUUCCUCAUAUGGAGAAGAGGUCUGGGAAACUGAAGACC